AUGGUGAGGCUAUGCUGCACGAAUGGUUGGACGCCCCUUUGCUAUGCGGCCCUCGGUGGAGAUCCGCUCCUGGUGUCUUCCCUCUUGCAGGAGAAGGCGGACCCCAGUGACGCCAUCACGGAGCAAGAGCCGCUCUGCCAAUUCGCGGCGCAGACCUCUGCGCUCCACAUGUGCGCCUUCCUGAAGCGCAAUGAGUCUCUCAGGCUGCUGCUCGACUCGAAAGCGGAUAUGAACCACGUGGAUGGCUAUGGCGCGAACGCACUGCACUGGGCAGCCGUGGCCAACAAUGCCGAAGGCAUCCAGAUCUUGUAUGCCGCGGGCGUUGGUGCUCACGUGCCAAACAUGCUUGGCUACUCGCCCUUUGCCAUGGCCUGCUCGGGCGGCGGAACUGAGGCCAUACAGGAGCUCAUUGUCUACGCCUCCCGCGAAGAAGUCGCCGAGGGCCUGCACGACUGUUUUUCAGGGCUCGAUGGCCGCAGCUUGGUGAGCGACUGGGCGCCUAGCUGCCUAGCUUUGCAGCGCGAAGUUGGCUUGGCGUCACGCGGCUCCAGUUUGUGCUUUCCCAUAUUCUCUCAGCUUGAGUGUGUCGCGGUGAUGUCGCGCGAAUUGGUCGAGAUCGGUGACGAUAGGCAGACUGGGCGGGACACGGGGCGAUGA